UUUUUCCGUAUACCGGCGAGCUUGGCUGACGUGAAAGAAGCUCGCGGAGAAUGGAUUCCGGAAGAGAAGAUUCCGAUGAAACGCAUCCGGGGCUAUCUUUGGCGUCAGCCGUUCAUUCUGCGCUACAACGAAGAGGGGAAAAAGGCCAAGUCCAAGGGCAACCACGUCUGGAAUAUCGAAGCCAAGAAGCUAGGAGAUGGACAAUGGGAUUUCCGACCAUUCCAUCGCAAGAUCACGGGUGACGCUCAGAGCAUCGCCUACUGCGGACUAUUGUGGUCAUGGCAGCCCCGGAUCUCAGACCCGCAUGCGUGUUGGAAAAACGUGCCUGUGCAAUACAGUUCGCCAUCCCUUCCACCGUGGCUUUCCUGGAAGGACGAUGUGCUUUCCGGCACUCCGCCGGCCAAUGCCGAGAGCUGUGAGGUCAUCACGCACGCCAAGUACACCCUGGACGGACAAGAGGGUGUGUUGUCUCGGACGUUCCUCUUGACGAUCGCGCCACUAGUUUCUACGGAGAAUUCGUUUGUUCCGCAGCGUCCGAUGCUCACCCCGAGGACCGUCAGCGACUCGGCGGUUCCUACCUGGACCUGCGCCACGCCUCGAACGGUCCCGCUUGUGACUGAUGGGGAAGACGGCGCUCGAGUGAAAAUGGUGCUCGAGCAUGUGGCCCAGCGACUGACGUUUGAGACACAACUUCCCGGCCAGUCCAGCAUCCAGGACCGGCUUGCAGAGCAGACGGUCAACGCAUGCUUAGACGACUACGAGUACUCGAGCGAGGAGCCGCAAAAGACGCACGAACUUGCCGUGGCCGGGCAAAACGUGGUCGCCCAGGCCGCCGAGUACAUCGUGCGGAACAAGCCUGAGGCUGUGCUGAACACGGCGUCCGCGGUGCAGAACAAUGUGUCUGCGGUGCAGAAUGUGACGACGGAAGAGUUGGUCACGACCACCCAGCAGGCCAUCGCGGAAGCUGUGAAAAGCACACACAACCCGUACAACGUCGACGAGCUGUCGAUUCUGCUGCUUGCUUGCCGCAUGCUGGAUCCGUCGCCACCGGUGGUGGAAUACUACCACCAGUACGACCUGGCCAUGCCCACUCAGGGCCCCGAGUGGUAUAGCAGGCCUGCCGCGGCUUACGUGUAAAUCUCUCUCUCUUUGGGACUGUUUGUCAAGGGACUGUGUUUCUUCCUGGGACUGUAGGGUAGAAUCAAUGUAUUCAUCGUACCGCGCCAAGCGAUUGUAUCUGUAACAUGUAUACUAUCAAUUAUGAUGCGUUAAACACCGUAUUCUCACACAUCUCGCAUUGGCUCAGAUCGACUCGGUUCGAGUAGGUGCAGGUGGCACAGAUCUUGCCGGUCUCGGGUUCUGCUUGCGACGGACUGGGCGCUCUCGCCGGACUGCUCGCUCUCAGCGGACUCGACCUCCCGAGGAUGGUUCCCCCGAAUCCACCGCCCUCCUCUCUCCGCCUCUUCCGUUUUGGAGCCUCG